AUGAUCUGGUGGCUUCUCAAGCCCAACUCCCCACAAGGAUCCAAGGAAACAUCUGAACUGGGAUUUGAAGCCACCAAAUCAAAGAAGCCAUCGCUGGGAUCAUUUCUCAUCCAGAGAGUGUUCUCCUCCAAAACUAUGGCUGUAAAAGCCAUUCUGAAGACCCAGAGGUCUAUAUAUCCAUGGAGUGCAUUGUAUUUGGUGGUGGUCUUAUUCUCUAGAAUGGAGUAUGAGCAAGAAAUCCUGGAAGCUCCUCAGAUAACUCUCGAUAAUUCCUAUGUGGCAAAGUUUAUCGGGAACGGAAGGUUCAUAGAUGUUCUUGACACAAUGGUUGACCACCACACCACUCCUUCCCUCUCGCCCCUCUCCAUUCAGAAUGUGACCAAUCAAACGAGCAACAUUUGCGUCUUCGAUGAGGACUUCAAGUACUUCUUGCUGCCGGUGUCCUACAGCGCGGUCCUCAUUCUGGGGCUGCCCCUGAACCUCACGGCCAUUUGGGUUUUCUUUGCCAAAAUGAGACCCUGGAGCCCCACCACCGUCUAUAUGUUUAACCUGGCCCUGGCGGACACGCUGUAUCUGCUGUCCCUGCCCACCCUGGUCUACUACUACGCCGAUCACAACAACUGGCCCUUCGGAGAAGUGUUGUGCAAGUCGAUGCGCUUCCUGUUCUACACCAACCUCUACUGCAGCAUCCUGUUCCUCACCUGCAUUAGCAUCCACAGAUAUAUGGGAGUUUGCCAUCCCCUCUUUUCCCUGCAAAGGAUGAAGGCGAGGUACGCUCAUAUGUUCUGUGUUGGCGUAUGGAUCUCAGUCAGCGCUUGCCUGAUCCCCAAUCUUAUCUUCGUCACUGUCAGCCCCAGAGGCAAUGACACCUUAUGUCAUGACACCACAAGGCCUGAGGACUUUAAAAAUUACGUUGAAUACAGCACGGCUGUCAUGACUCUCUUGUUUGGCCUACCAUUCUUGGUGAUUGCAGUAUGCUAUGGGCUCAUAUCUAGGGAGCUGAUGAAGCCAAUGGUCAACGGGAACUGUCAGACUCUACCUACCUACAAGAGAAAGUCCAUCAAGACCAUCAUCAUAGUAUUCACGGUGUUCAUUAUUUGCUUUUUGCCCUUCCACAUUACACGCACAAUCUACUAUUAUGCCCGGCUCUCGGAUGUGGACUGUAAAUUGUUAAAUAUUAUAAACUUAAGCUAUAAGAUAACCCGCCCGUUGGCGAGCUCCAACAGCUGCUUCGACCCCAUUUUUUACUUCCUGGCCAGUGAUAAUUACCAAAAGAGAUUGGUCAACAUGGUGACAAGUAUCUCGAACAUGUGUAGGAGACAUCUGCCUGUCAUCCAUCGAGGGCCAACAACCUACAAAAGUGAUGGCCCAGCCGUGAUCAACGUCCAAGGGGUACAAAAUAUCAGGAGCUUGGGAAACCUCCUGGAUAAUAACCAAGAAGCCAACCAUCCAGAUGAAACAGAAGUAGCAAGGGGUGCUAACAGUAGGAACAAUGGACAAACGUCCGCGGAACAUGGGGGCGACGAUGGCAAAGCCAAAUGGAGAAUUGCAGGAAAAAAGCUAAAAGCAGAUGGAAACAUUGGGAUGGGUGUAGCAGAAGACAAUGGAGGUGAGACCAGGAAAGACGAGGGAAAUGUUGUAGAGGGAAUACAGGUAUUAGCAUGUAAUGAUGUCGAUAUAAAGAUUUUAAGGACACAAAGUGACAAUAUAGCAGAGAGGAAAAGGAACAAAGCAAAUGGUGAAAAGAGACGGUACUGGAGUUUAAGGGGGAUUAGGGGGGCUGAGGAAUCUCAAAAUAAAACCUUUGAAAGUUGCUUAUACGAAGGAGAGGGGACCUCAUCCUGGAAUCUUCUAGACACAGCCAGUCAAGGAAGACAGAGCUUGUACAACGAAGAAGGCAAUUCCAAGAGGAAGAAGCUGCAUUUCCUCCCAAACAUCUAA